CUCUCUCUCUCUCUCUCUCUCAUCGUGUUUACAGCCUCGGAGAGCGUUGCAUAUCUGACAUUUCUCUCUCAAACUCCAACCAGCUCUGUUCUCAUCCGAAAGCAGCAGAGAGAAGACAGAAAAGAGAAGAGGUCACUGUUUUGUCUUGUGUAACCGGGACUGAACCACUUCAGGCCACGCUGCUGAAAAAAACACCCAGACCUGAGCUCAUCUCCAGCUACCAGCAGCGGUUUGAUUCCCCUGAUUUCACCUCCUUCAAACCAGCCCGGACCAGCUCAGUCCAGCUCCGCUCGGUCCAAACAGGCCCCGCAGCCUGACCCAACUCUCUCCUCUCGUAAUCCAGCCAAUCAAAAAUCUAGCCAGCCCGCUGUCUCCAUGGAGCGCGUUCAGCACAUGACCAAGUCGGCCAUUCGCCGAGCGUCUCAGAUUGAGGUGAAUCCACAAGCCAAGAGGAACCUGCAGGAGCUGUUUGUCAACUUCACCCUCAUCCUCAUCUGCCUGCUCCUCAUUUACGUCAUCGUCCUGCUGAGCAGCUGAGAGCAGCCGAGCCAUACGCAGAGAGAGAGUUUGGCAUGGCCGUGCGGCUGCGGGCCAGGGUUUGGCUGAGAUAUGGGCUUUCUGAUUUCUUAUAAAGCAAUAAUAUUAGGGCUGCACCAUAUAUCGUUUUUUUUUUUUUUUUUUUUUUUUUUUUAAAUCAUCAUAGCAAUAUUAACUGGCGCAAUACAACACAUCGAGAAAGGCUGCAACACACAAGACGCUCUGAGAUUUGUUAUCAGUAGAAAACUGCACUUUAAAAGGUAACUGUCAUUUUAUAUUCCAUCCAAUGUUCAAUUUGUUCAAUACAAUGUUGGAAAUGUUGGAAAUGAUUUCCUUCCAUUUGUUUUAAAUUCAACAAGCAAUUUGUUGUAUUUUAGCAGAGACACUGAAAGCAGCAGAAAUGCAGAUCUGACUACACUUAGAUGUAAGUUUAUUUAUCCCAAGUAAUGUUGCUAUUACAACGUUAUCGUAUAUUUUCCUCAUAUCAUGCAGCCCUAAAUAAUAUCAACCCCAUACAUCGGCCUAACCCUGUUUGACCACAGCUGUAAAGAAGGAUCAUGGAGGUCAAAUGAAUCCAUGUGAAAACAAUAAUGGCCAAACCCUCUCAAAUUGUUUCUAUCAGAGCUGAUCAGGGAUCAGUUUCCCAGCCUCUCGCUCUCAAGGGAAUGAUCAACAGCUUAAACUUCACUCAUGUACUGUGUGUAUGUCAAUCGGCCUGCUGCUCAUUCAAAAAUAACACCCUGCCCAGUGAUUACAUUACAAUGUGUUGACUUAAGUUGAUUUACAAAGAAGACUGACUCCCUCCAUCCAAGGCACACUGUAGGACAUUGUCUCCUGCUUAAGUAUUAAUAGGUACAAUGUGUAUAAUACCGAAAUAUCAAUACAUCACUGUUUCAUUUCCGUUUCCCCAUAAACUCUGUCGCUUCCUGCAGCCCACCACCACCAGGAGAAAGAUAAACAUGCUGGAAAUGAAUUUUUUUUUCCAUUAGCAUUUUUAUGUCCUGUCCAGAGACAUGGCUGUACUGUCUGUGGCAUCAGGUUUCUGUAUUUAAAAACUUCUGCUGGCAUCUUGGCGGUUAUUAGAGCCUAAAAAUC